AUGUGGAAGUUGGAGACAAGUGGUAGAGUGGUUGAAGAGGAACUAUAUAAACUUAGCCGUGGUCUGGAAUUUGAACAUGGAGUCCACUCAUUUAUUGUGGAUGUGGAUGAUGAGUUAAUAAAACAGCAUUUUAGUGAAGCUGAACGUCUAGAAACGGAGAAUGAAUGUAAAACGCUAAAGGAGAUACGUAAGACAAUUAUUGAACCAGAUGAAAGGUUUGAUAUGAAAUAUGAUCAAGAUGCUUACCAUGAUCUAGAUUACAUUAGAUUUGCGUUAUGCGCGCUAGUUAGGGAAAUUGAGUAUGGAGGAUUAAAAGGCCAGUAUUUGGAGGCAUGGUACAACUGUCAUGUGUGGGAUGUCAUCAUUGAUCAAGGUUUUUCAGGUUUGAAGGAGACAUCUGUUAUUCGAGGUGAAAGCACUAGCACCGCGAAUGCUGAGCGGAAGAAUGCGCAUAGGACGGAUACGAACACUUGGAGAAAGUUCGGGCACCGAGGCGAUUGGAUCUUGAGACGAAUUGGAAAUGGUGAGCGUGAUGAAUAUGGUAUUGGCGAAGCGGGAAAGUUGUGGUUUGAUGAUCAUGGGAUGAAAUUCCUGAAGGAAACAUGUGUUAAAUCACCAAAAUGUUUAAAGGAUAUGUUGUUAAAGCUCAUGAAAAAAGUAGACUGGGAUAAAGAAUUGUGCAAGAAACUACAAACAGUUGGAAUCACCCAUGCAGACAAGCAAUUUUCUGUAUUAUAA